CAUACUGGGGUUAGUGGUCAAGGUAAGAGCCUGCAGCUGAAAAAGAGGCCUGGCUUUUCCCAAACUUCAUGGUGGGGAGGGGGACAGCACAGGCAGACUCUCUCUGGGCAGCCUGGACCCGUGGGAGGCAAAGAAGUGGUGGGAGGAAAUAACAACGCACUUGAAGAUCCUGGCAUUACCUCACCAGUAAAGGAGAAGAGGAGGGAGAGGAAUGGAUGCAGAAUUAAAAAGCAAGCCCUCUGCUCAGAGAGGAGAAUCAUGACAUCAGGCCUGCUAAAGGAGACACACGUGGAUCAUUUCAACAAGCAGUAUUGUAGGUAUUGAUUUAGAUAGUUUUACAGAAAGUUGACAGCUUCCUAUGGAUAAGUAUCUGAGAAGUACUUCAUCUGACUCUCUGGAUAUGGAUGCGACCAUGGGGGAAAGCCUGGUCUCCAAGACAGUGGCCCCUCCUGGCUCUACCCAGCCACCUCGCAGUGACACAAAUAAAUGGAUGAAAGCAGGAAUGGUCGUAGCGAAAGGGAUGAAGACUCAUAAUUCUCCUGAGAAUGCAGCUCGUGAGAGGAGUCGGGUGAGGAACCUGCGAGAGGCAUUCCACAGUCUGCAGGCGGCUCUCCCCUCUGUGCCUCCAGACACCAAGCUCUCAAAGCUGGAUAUACUUGUUCUGGCCACAAACUACAUUGCCCACCUCACAGAAACACUGGACCAGAGCAGGUGCUUUAGUGAUCACACUCUUUCAAACAGGGCUGGUGGAUUUCUCCAUCCGGUAAAGAAAUGGCCCAUGCGCUCCCUGCUGUAUUGUGGAAGUAUGGAAAAAUUGCUGACAGGCAUUCCAGCCGGCCAGGAGACGACCACUGCAUCCCCUGUACAGUGAGCCCAAAACAUGCAGUAAAUAUGGAAUGCAUUUGUUUUAACAUACUGUGAAUUCACAACAAGGAGUUAUACGAGUUCAAAGGCGUUAAAGCAAAGACCAUUGACUAAGCAAUAACUUGUAUUAUUAAACAUUUCCAACCCUCACUUGUGCCAUAAACCUACGCUCUGUUAAUCCUUAAUAUCUCCUGUGUGUCACAGGCAGGUGAGCAUUGUAUUUUCCAGUGGUUUUACCACUAAACCACCCUGCAAUAUUUUUGUGCCUUGCACUUAGAGAUGUCCCUUUGAAUUAAAUUGAUCCUAUACUGUA